AUGGCGACACAAACCAUUGAUACUGGACACGAAGAUUUAAUUCACGAUGUCGCUUAUGACUUUUACGGAAAGCGUCUGGCCACUUGCUCCUCCGAUCAACGAAUUAAAGUCUGGGAGUAUAACGUCAAAACGAAUAUUUGGGAAACUGUAGAUACUUGGAAGGCGCAUGAUUGUUCCAUUCUUAAAGUUACCUGGGCUCAUCCUGAAUUUGGGCAGGUGUUAGCUUCAUGCUCUUUCGAUAGGAGCGUUCGUAUCUGGGAGGAACAAGAAAAUGAACCCAGGAAUAGUGGAAGACGAUUUGUCCUACGGGCACGUAUACAGGACAGUCUAAAAUAUAUUCAAGAUAUUGAAUUUGCACCCAAUGUUCUGGGAUUGAAAUUGGCAGCUUGCGCUGCUGAUGGAAUUGUUCGAAUAUAUGAAUUCAUCGAAGUGAAUGAUCUUGAAAGCUAUACGUGCAUAGAGGAAUUUGAAAUCAAUCCCGGGAAUUUAACUAAAGAAGUUGAGGGGCAUUCUUGUAUUUCAUGGUGUCCGUCGCGGUUUAACACAGCGAUGAUGGUUAUAGGAUGUGGCAAAGAGGCAAAGAUAUUUCGACAGGAUGGACAAAACAAGUGGCAAGCAUAUGAAGUUUUACCAGGUCAUGAGGAUACUGUACAUGAUGUGAGCUGGGCGCCCACCAUGGGAAGGCUUGUGAGUUAUCAAUUGAUCGCAACUGCCUCAAAAGAUCAACACGUGAGAAUCUAUAAAAUUACGUCUGAUCGAAUAAGAUAUCACGCCGAGCUUCUGUGUAGCUUUCGAGAUCACAAUGUAGAGGUUUGGAGAGUGGAAUGGAACGUUACUGGCACAAUUUUAUCAUCCUCAGGUGAUGACGGAAAAGUUCGAUUGUGGAAAGCUUCACAUAAUGGUGAAUGGAAGUGUAUGAGUGUCUUAUCAUAUGAUCGUCAAUCUGAAAGUAGCGAGAUAUAA